CCCUGAGUCUGUCGCAGGUACAGAUAUAUGCUCUCAAAUCACUCAAACGAGAGGUAACGGAAGGACUAAAUCCGGGAGAAACACAGAUUUAAACGGCCCCAGACAAACGGGUGAAAGAAAACCUCUCGUCGACGGAAGUUAGCUCAAAUAAUUCGUAUUUAUUCCUCUCAGAGUGAGAGAAGAUCAAAGUCCACUUGUGCUCGGUCCCUCAUGACAGAGACUGAGCAGGUUUUCAGUUAAUUUGUGGCGAAAACACAUAACGGAAAAACAAGAUCUCAUGACGACCAAGAGAUGACAAAACAAGAUAUAUGGCAACGUUUUUUGUGUUAAUGGCUGAAAUGAAGAUAACAUUGGGCAAAAAUAAUGGUAGUUUUACAUCCGUCCUCCAAACCCUGAUGCCAAACAUUGGGGGUUGCCAAGAGGUCAAAAUUAAUAAUAAUAUUCCACUCCAUCGGUCCUGGGGUGGGUGGACCGCUAGUAUGGACCCCUGGCAAAAUCUGGUGUCCAGAUGUUCAGCAUGGUGGCAGAUGCAUACGCCACAUGCUCUGAGAGCUUGUGUGUACGAAGUGUGUAAACCUCUGGUGCCACUUCUGCUGUGCAUCGCGGCCCUGGUGGCUGUGAUUGUGUACGCUCUGGCAGAUAAUCUACACAGUUUUGUAAGCAGGAUCUUCAUUCCCCAGUAUCACUAUCCUUAUGUGGUGCCACUUGCAUUCAUACAGGUGUUUCUAAAUCUCCUGGCACUGCUAGCUUUGCACGGCGUGGGUCUGAUCCACCUGAAGCCUUUUUCAUUGAGGCUGGGCGAGCGUUUGUUUGUGCCAGCGGUCUGUGGGAGCGUCCAGUGCAUUCUGUCCAUAUGGGCUGAAGCUUGUUCCCACUCUGGCCUGUACCCGCUAAUUGCCCGCUUCCUCCCAAUGGUCAGUCUGAGCUUGGGUCACCUGUUUGCACUGAGUAUGCCAGGCUCCAUCCACGUCUCCUCCCUUUUGACUGUGCUCACCGUCGCUUCAGUCACCGUCACAGGAUGUAAAGGACUUCAAGCGAUAGAGCCGCUGGAGUACAUCUACUCUCCCAUUAACCUUGUCCUCCACAGCCUCUCUCUUGUCUGGCUAGCCAAAGUCUCCCAAACGGAGCGAGGCCAUGCCUCAACCUUUGACCUUUACUACACUCUGACAGUGACACGUACCCUCUUGUUAGGGUUCCUGUGUGUUUUGCACCCUGAUGGACCAAAGGCACUGAUGCAUGGCAACUGGCACAGUCUGCUGUUUCUGGGAUACAUGCUCGGGAUGUUACUGCUGGGUGCUGUUCAGCUUCUCUUUGUGGAUGUAACGGCACUGUAUUUCUCUGCUCUCCCAGCAGCCAUGCUGCAUGCAACCAGAGGGCUGGUUCUGCCCCUGUUCAGUCUGCUAUAGGACAUACGGACCAAUCAGAGUGUAGAUCAUUCUGAAGAGGAACAGUCUGUGUAGAGUAACCAAUCAAAUCAACAUGAUUGAUGAUAACAGUAUUAAAACUAAAUUUAUAGGCAUGACAACCUCAUGUAAAGAUAAUUAUAAUUAAUUAAUACGGUAAUGCUACCAGUAAGCACUGAUCUCCUUUCUUCGCUUGCACUGAAACUACGACACAUCCUACAAAUGGGGUGUUUUCACGAAGGAGCUGAUACUUAAGUUCUGGAAUUAAAUUAAAGGUAAAAUGCAGGUUUCUCAGACCAGCUUUUUUUGUACAGACUAUAUUAUUAUUUUUGUGUGUCAGCUGGAAGUUCUGAGAAAGAAAAAAAAAAUAUAUAUAUAUUUUGCAUAAAGAUAAUUAAGCUUUUUUAGGACCUUUAGGGUUCGCAUUGCAAUGUAAUUUUCAUUUUAGUUUAAUGAAUAAACCACAAUUUCACAGCGCGAAAUCCUCAUUCUAAUUACUGCAAUGCAAAAAUGAAGUUAUGUUUGUAGCCAAUUGGUUUUUAAAAAGUCAUAAAUAUGACAAACAUCCAGAUGCAUUACAGUAACAAGAAUGGAGAAUGCGCUUAAUUGUCAUGAAAAUAACUACAAAAUGCAAACGUAAUGAACCUUAAAGGCCGUAAAAAAACCUUCAUUUUUAAUGCAAUAUAUAAUUUUUUUAUAUUUUAAGGGUGAAAUAUGAUCCAAGCAUGUUCUUGACAAGCUUUGUGAGAUUCACCAAGUAUGUCAUUCCUCUUACAACAACCUUACAAACCCCUUCACUGCAUGGUUUCUAGAAAUAUAAGCUAUAAAGAGAUAUAAACUGCAAUACAAUGACUUAAGAUUAUUACAGUAGUAAUAUAUUAUUUAAAUAGAAAACCUGUGACUCAUGUAUUUAUUAUCAUUUAUUAUUUAGCUCCUAAUAUACAGUACAAACUACAGUAUUAUUGUUAAUGUUUGGAGAAAAUAAAACAUAUUGAUGAGGUUUUCUGCUACCUAACCUA